AUGUACGCGUACUCUACUACAUACAUCAUCCUCAGUCGUAUUCGAGUCCACACCGAACAGAACCGAGAAACUAUUUCAACCCAAGCCCCCUCAAUCGCCCAAGUGGUCCCAGCUCGUCCCAACCGACUGGACCGUCUCGACGAUCUCAAACACAACGAACACGGCAUCUUGACCCGCCGCACGGAUCAGUUAUAA